AUGGACGGUAAUUUUCAACACCGACACAACAUAUUGGCCAGCAAGGACAAUCCGGACGAAGCACAAUACCCAGCUAUCUUUGUCCGACCUUCGGAAAUUGCAAAACAUGACACCACUACAGAACCACCACCAGCUAGAACCGAAGAGGAUAAUGAUGAUCCCUGCGGUGAAGCGCAUAAGACGGCCAAUGAUACUCGAGGUGCAUCUACUUGGGAUAAGUGCGAUGAUACAGGGCUUUUUGCUGUGUCCUGCCGACAUGACGUACCUUUAUUGAUGGCCAACAUAUAUAAAAGUGGCGAAAAGAUGCGAUACCCUCUAAGUCUGCUGCAGUCGCUCAUGAAGGACUUUCCUGAUCUUUGUGUGGGUGUUCUAUACGAUAUUGGAUGCGUCCUCAACAAGCAUAUCAAAAAGCACAAUAAGUUGCCCGAAUAUCAACAACAACUGAUGUUGGGAACUUCAGUCUUCCAUGCUUACGUGCACUCAUGGGGAUGUCAAUUAACUUACAACCCACGUUUCCUGGAUUUUUGGGGCCUAUCAGACGGUGAAGGCCUCGAGAGAUUGUGCUAUAUCUUCAAGAUGCGAAUAUUUGAUCAAUCGCAAUCAAAUGCAUUCAGCCACUUGGCUACUUCGAAGAUUGAACAGCGCCAACUCGACAAUCGUAGAAGCGCAAGGCACAUUGAACAUGUGCUCAGUGGGCUUCAGAAAGAAGUUACAACAUCAGAACAUCGAAGGACACCAAGAUUCGCCAACAACUUCAGCUGGGCAAGCUCUUAUGCCUGGAAGACCGUAUGUAUAAGAUCUGAACUCCAAGCCUUCGAUUGCCUAGCUCGAUUUCAGGAUCUGGUAACUCAGAUUGCCGAGCUGCGCGGUAAAGUUGGUCUUUCAGAUCUUCUGAACAGACUUCCCCGGGCCGGCCAGGAUUGCUUCUUGAAACUUUGGUUUGCAAAAACUGAGGUCCGCUCUCGGUUUCUCUCUUUGCGGGCGGAACAGAGGCCGUUAGAUCCAGAAAAUAGAGUAGGUGGCAGUUCACGCCUUGGCACACACAAGAAAGAACACAUUAUGCUUGCUAUUCAACUACGAACACGCACGAUGAAAAAGACACUCACCAAUUAUAACAACUUUGCUCGAGAAUUUCAAGCUCUACACCCUGAAGUCCCCACCUCUCCUGUUGUCGAAUACUCCGUUUUGAUUCAUAUGCAGGCUGACGACCCGGUAAAUCGGGGUCAAGAGGAAAUGCGACGGCUUGGUUGGGAGAUCCGAAGAUCCAUGCGAUGGUUGACACAUGAACACGAACGCCUCUGGAAGAUUCUUACUUAUCUGCGUGAUGAUGAUGAUACCAAUGAGACCAGGGAGUUAAUUCAAAAAUUUAAGGAACACAAAGUCAUCGAAUCAUUAUCAACUAGUGGCAAAAUCGAUGUUAUCAAGACUCUUACUCACAACACAUUUGUAAAACUUUGCACUUUGACGAUUCAUUGGGACCAAAAGGCUAUGGAAGUAUUGAUGAGAACACCGCCUCAGCUAGGUGAUCUCGAGCUGAUGACAUGCUGGAAAUCUCAACGUCACCGAAUUGAUACCCUGCACGCAUCGGGAUGUGGAUCAACAAGAGAAGGUGACUUUGAACAUCUAUUUGAAAAUUUGAGGCUUGACGACGUCGUAGUUCAGCCGCAAGAUCUGCAGGCAGCUGACCCACUCGAAGAUGGGUUAUCUGAUUUUGAAGAUGGUGAAUGGGAAAAUGGGCUCGAUGCAGGAAUGUUGAUAAACAUGAUGGACAAUAUAGGCUUGGAAAAUUAG